AUGCGAAAUAAAGGCUUAGUUUUUCGUUACAUAGGAAUAUUCGCAAGGAAAUUUAGGUCUUUUCAGGAGACAUGGUUACUGCCAUGGUGGGGCAGUGGGGGGAUGUCCGCGGCCCCGAUUUGGGCACUAGACACAGUAGUACUGAUCGUGAAGUUGUGCUCGACUCUCACUAUGGCUGUCGUGAGAAUUAUAAUACCGCCGGCAAUGAAAAGUCUAUACGGCGAAACUGUGUUGAUAACCGGCGCUGGUCAAGGAUUAGGACGCGAACUAGCGAUCCAGUUCGCGGAGCUGGGCGCCACCGUUAUAUGCUGGGACAUCGAUGCGCGUAGAAACGAUGCUGUUGUUAAUCAUAUACGCAGCAAAGACGGCGAGUGUUUCGCCUUCACUAUAGACGUGACAGUCCGCGAGCAGGUGUCGGCGCUGGCCGCGCGCAUGCGUCGACAGCUGUCCGACGUGUCGAUGGUGGUGAGCAACGCGGGCACCUUCUCCUGCUCGCCCAUAACGAGUUACAGGCCGGACGCCAUCGCCAAGCUUAUUGAGAUCAAUCUGAUGGCGCAUUUUUGGAUUAUCCAAGCAUUCCUACCGCACAUGAUCGAAAGGAGACACGGACACAUCGUAGCCAUUAAUUCGAGUGCAGGUCUUCUGCCCUGUGCGGACAUGGUGCCGUAUUGUGCCGCCAAGUUUGGCCUCAGAGGCUUGAUGGAUUCCAUGUCCGAGGAACUGAGAUUGAGCACAUGGACUAAAAAUAUCUACACGACAUCCGUAUACCUGGCAACGAUGUCGACAGGCCUGUACCAACCUUCGUCUCAUCGUUUCAAAUCUUGGUACUCCGAAAUCACGGCAAAAGAAGCCGCUAGGAUUAUAAUAGCUGGAAUUCGUAAGAAUCACAAGGAGAUCAGCAUACCGUCUUUCAUGAAAUGGUUGAUAGUCAUUAACAAUGUGUUGCCUUACCGGAUAAGAAUAAUUUUCACCGACUUUUUUAAUUUCGGCCACAGAGGAUGGUUCAGCUUCUGUUGA